UCUCCAGAUUCUCCACGCUUCUCCGCCUCGGUGGGUUGCAAAGGCAGUAUCCUAUAUAAAUCUUCAUCCUCUCCCGUGUUGUCGGUCCUGGGUCCCAGGCCGUCUCCCCACAUUCCUCCGGGUAGUAGUAGAUGCCUAUUUGGAAACCCUCUCUCUCUCUAUAUAUAUAUCACUUGUGCUCCUAUAGAGUCUCACCUUACCCUCUCAGCUCCCUGUCAACUAGCUUGCGCGAACUUGAGCGGAGACACCCGGGAGCUUCUAAGCCAAAAUGGCGCCGAGCAUACCCAUUCCCACCCAGGGUGGCAUGUUUCACACCUUCCAAGGAGUGACCCCUCGAAAGCAAUCCACGGACUCUACAGAGAGUGCCAAGACGACCGGCAACAGUACAGCCAAGCGAAUCACCACUCCCCACGCGUGCGCGGAAUGCAAGCGCAGGAAGAUUCGAUGCGAUGGCCAGCAGCCCUGCGGUCAAUGCCUCUCUAGUCGGGCACCAAAGCGGUGCUUCUAUGACAAGCACCGUCAGAGAGUGAUCCCGUCCAGGAAAACUCUCGAAGCCCUCUCCCAGUCCCUGGAGGAGUGCCGGUCCAUCCUCAAGCGACUCUUCCCCAACCACGAGAUCCAGUCGCUGUUACCACUACCUCGGCAAGAACUACUUGGCCUCCUCGAUCGACCGCAGAUCGACGCCGCCACUGCCCUGCCGUCGCCGCCUCUUCACACUUCUCCCAUCCCUGGCGACAUUGGCUCGCCCACUCUAUCGGGGUCCGAGCAGGGCCUCUCCGGCUUAGAGCAGAUACCGUCCCGAGACAUAGAAUGGGACGAGGAGCGCCGAGGGCGGGACGCCAUCCCCGUCGAGGCCGACGACGUCAACGCCCUUUCCCUCUCGGUCGACCGGCAGGCCUCUUACCUAGGUGCCUCGUCCAUCAAGGCUGCCCUCAUGGUGAUGCUGAAAGUCCAGCCGGGCCUCCGAAGCUCUCUCACGCCACCGCUAAACAGCGUGGAGAUGGCACACAACAUGCCCAUCAUGCGGCAGAAAGUCGCGAACGCUAAGGAGCCACAGCGAGUACCGUGGUCCUGGAAGGGCCAGACAUUGAUCGACGCCUACUUCAAGCGAGUCCACGUGUUCGUGCCCAUGCUCGACGAGGCCUCCUUCCGAGCAGACUAUCUCGAGGGGCAGCGGUACGACAUGCCCUGGCUCGCACUGCUCAACAUGGUCUUCGCCAUGGGCUGCAUCGCGGCGCUCAAGUCAGACGACUACAACCACCUCAACUACUACAGCCGGGCGAUGGAAUAUCUGCCCAUGGACUCGUUCGGCAGCAGCCACAUCGAGACCGUGCAGGCCCUCGCCCUGAUCGGCGGGUACUACCUGCACUACAUCAACCGGCCGAACAUGGCGAACGCUGUCAUCGGCGCCGCCAUCCGGAUGGCCAGCGCCCUCGGCCUCCACCGCGAAAGCCUCGCCCACGGGCCCGCCGGCUCGAGCAAGGAGAUCGCCGCGGCCGAGACCAGGAGACGCACCUGGUGGAGCCUGUUCUGCCUCGACACGUGGGCGACGACGACGAUGGGGCGGCCUUCGUUCGGGCGAUGGGGGCCGGCGAUCAACAUCCGGCCGCCGGAGACCGGGCUCAGCACGGGGCGGGACUCGGCGCAGCACGCGGGGAUCCUGCCGCUGGUGGAGAACAUCAAGUUCUGCAAGAUCGCGACGUCGAUCCAGGACAUGCUGGCGAUCUCGCCGCUGCUGCGGCCGGAGGACCGGUGCGCGCUGGACGGGCAGCUGGUCGGGUGGUUCAGCAGCCUGCCGUGGCUGCUGCGGACGAGCGACCCGUGCGCGGAGCCGCUGUACAUCGCGCGGUGCAUCAUGAAGUGGCGGUACCAGAACCUGCGGAUGCUGCUGCACCGGCCGGUGCUGCUGAACCUGGCGAGCAGCGGGGCGUCGCACGCGGCGGAGCACGACAUCGCGGCGAUCGAGGCGUGCCGCGACCUGGCGAAGCAGACGGUCGAGGACGUGGCGCGCGAGUGGUCGCGCAACCAGAUGAGCGGCUGGAACGCCGUCUGGUUCCUCUACCAGGCCGCCAUGAUCCCGCUCGUCAGCAUCUUCUGGCAGUGGGACAGCCCGCGCGUCGCCGACUGGCAGAAGCAGAUCGAGACCAUCCUCGAGCUGCUCGAGGCCAUGGAGGACUGGUCCCUGGCCGCGCGCCGCUCGCGCGAGGUCGUCUGGCGCAUGUACGAGGCGUCGCGGCAGCUGGAGCCGGGGCUGCUGCGCCAGCGCCAGCAGCAGCAGCAACAUGGUGGUGCGCCGACGAGCCCCCUGCGCGGCCUGCAGGUCGUGACGGACCCGAGCGGCGCGGGCGUGCUCGGGGCGCUGGCCGCCGCCGACGGCUCCGACCUGCACAUGUCGCCGAUCGGGCUCGAGCCCGAGGGCUUCGGCGGCAUGAUGGGCAUGCUGGACCAGCACGGGCUGUGGGACCUCGACGGGAUGCUCUGGAGCGCGCCCGAUGAGCUUGAGUGGGCGCAGCACCACUUCAGUGGCGGCGGCGGCAGCACCGCCAGCGCCGCCAGCGCGGGCACCCACGACGGCGCCGCCUCCGCCCCUGGCUGCGGCCUCAUGAGCGAGCUCGGCGCCUACGGCCUCGACGGGUCUGCGUUCCCGUUCGUGCACUGAUUUGAGGGCCCAGGAGUGGGCGGCUACGCUGGUUUGCUGUUGCUACUACUGCUACUACGACUACCAUUACUACUACUACUACUACUACUAUUGCUACCACCUACCUACCUACUGCUGUUUACGCUGUUACGGAGCGGUGAUGGUGUUUGGAACGGGCGGGCGCUAGGAUCUAGGGUACGGUGGAAAGGGGAAUCCCAAAAGAAAAAUCUCUA